AUGAAGGGCAGCUUUCUAACAGCGGUGCUCGUUGGCUUGACAGCCUUGACAGCCCCUAUCGCCGCUGCGCCUGAUCCGAGGCUUUCACGGAGAGGCCGAUCUGGUGAUACAGGGUUGCCUCUACAACCUUUGGAGCGCCGUCUGCUACACGCGCGAGACAGCUGUCCAGCACCCGUUGACAUACCCACAACUGCCCCAAAGGACAGUCCGUUCGUCCCCCUCUCUCAAGCUGAGAUUGAUAGCGUGGUGGAGUGGCUGCUGUCCCCAUCCCAGGGCCUUAAUUUGACGAACACCUCGAGCCCGACGCUAUCUCUGAGCGAUAAUUACAUUUGGCGCGUCGACGUGUUCAAACCUAACAAGACGGACGUCCUUGCUUACCUCGACGGCAAUGCAACUGCGGUCCCAAGAUAUGCUCUGGUCGCGCUUAUCCAAGGUGGUCUCGAUGAACCGAUUGUCGCUGAGUACACUGUCGGGCCUCUGCCCAUCUCCGAGGACACGGUGAUUCGUUCGUCCGACUGGGUGUACAAUGGUGUAAAUGGCGCCAAAGUUCUUUGGAGCGCAGGCUGGGUGGACUCAGUCCGUCAAGCCGCCAUCGACGACCUGGUGAAUGCGACCGUGUCACCUAUCGCGGACCUGACGGUUGAUCUCCUGGACAUGGCUUUCUAUGGCGCUGGUGAUCCUCGUACAAAUAUGACAUACUUCGCCUCGAAUCCUUCAUCCACGGACGGCUCCAAAAGCAUAUUUUGGAGCCCCUUUAGACGAUUGGGCAUCGAGCCUUGGGACCAGCCAUCGGAUCUGUACAUCCAGUUCGACGUUACUGGCACAGACGCCUCACUUUGGAAGGCCCUCAAAGUGGUCUAUAAUUUGCAAGUUUACAGUUCCGUCCAAGCUUUCUACGAGGCCUGGAAGUCCGGACAGGUCACAAAGACGCCGCCACCGACGACCAACAUCGAAUUUCUGUACAAGAACAAAACCGGCCCCACGCGCGAGUUGGAGGACCGUCUUGCACCAACGAUUGUCGCUCCAGAAGGCAACCGGUUCAAGAUUGACAGACCAAAUCAGUACGUGGAGUACUUGGGGUGGACCUUCUACAUUCGUUUCGACUAUGAAGUCGGGGUCCAGUUCUUCGAUGUCAAAUUCAAGGGCGAACGGAUCCUGUACGAGUUGUCUCUUCAAGAUGCCAUAGCUCAAUACGCCGGCCACAAUCCGUUUCAGGCCGGCACGGCGUACAUGGAUCGCUUCUACGGGAUUGGCUCGUCUGCCAUCAGAAUGAUUCCCGGGUAUGACUGUCCGUACCACGCCACGUACUUGGAUGGCACAUACUCGCCGGGAGUCGAGUCGCACACAGAGAACAGUACCAUCUGCAUCUUCGAGACCGACACGGGUACCCCGAUCACGCGCCACAAUGACCCCACGUGGGCACAAGCGACCAAGGGCUCCAAGCUGGUAGUGCGUAUGAUCGCGACGGUCGGCAACUAUGACUAUCUCUGGGACUACGGGUUCUAUGUCGACGGCACACUCAGCGUCGAUGCUCAUGCAUCGGGAUACAUCCAGGGCAACUACUAUCGACCCGACGAUGAAGGUCAAUGGGGUCCAAGGGUGGAACAGACGCUCGCAGGAACACUCCAUACGCAUGUCAUGAACUUCAAGGCCGAUUUUGACCUGAUUGACGAGAAGAACACGUUCGUCAAGACGGAGAUUGUGGUGGAAAACAUCACGCAGCCCUGGUUUGAGGAACUGGGCGAAUUCGAGAUGAUGCGCUACAACAUCACCGAGGUCCAAACCGAGGACGACGGGCUGAUCUACCACGGUCCAAACGGGCAGACCAUGUUCACUGUGGUCAACAAAGACCAGAAAAACAAAUGGGGUGAGCCUCGUGGCUAUCGUAUCAUCCCGGGUCUCUCGAACGUCCAUCUGGCCUCGCGCAAUUCCCCGUUUUUCCGCAAGAACGCCCAAUUCGCCAAGCAGCCCAUCGCCGUCUCGCACCAGCACGACACGGAGCCGGCGUCGUCGGCGACGCUGAACCAGAACGUGCCCGAAGCGCCGCUGGUGGAAUUCUGGAACUUCUUCGACGGAGAGCCGCUGGUGCAGGAGGACCUGGUCACCUGGGUCAACCUCGGCAUGCACCACUACACGCGGGCCGAAGACAUCCCCAACACCAUGAUGUCCGAAGCGCACUCGAGCAUCCUCUUCGCGCCCCAGAACUGGGGCAACACCGAGGGGACAAAGGACUUGUCCAACGCCGUCAUGUUCUACGCCGAGGGCGAGGACAACCAGAUCGUCAUAGACCAGAACGGCGUCCUGCCGCCGCCCUGCCUGGCCCUAGGUCCUGAGGAUUCGUUACAGGGGGUCUUUGAAGUCACCGGAUAG